AUUUUUUCUUUUUGAUUUUUUCUCCCUUUUUAGAAUUUUGAACUUUAAAAUAAAUUCCGGGUGUCAAAGUUCAUACUUUUCUUGUCCGCUUUUUGUUGUUUUAUUUUUUUUACUCGCUGCAGGAACCCCAUUAGACCAAAAUGAAUGACGAAUCGCACAACAACCGCAAGAAUGACGACGCCCAGCGCGAGGACGAUGAGGUUCUGCACCGCGACCCCAGCUACUUUCAGUACUACAGCCAGCUCCAGCACCAGCAAAACAUGCUGCAGGAUUUUGUCAGGACCUCGGCAUACCACUCUGCGAUCACCUUCAACGGAUCCUCGCUUUUCCGCGACAGGCUGGUGAUGGACGUCGGCGCGGGCUCAGGAAUUCUCUCGUUCUUCGCGGUGCAAGCGGGCGCCAAGCAGGUGUACGCUGUGGAGGCCUCGGGCAUGGCAAAGAAAAUGAAGGUUAUACUCGAUGCGGCUAAGCGCAAGGGCCAGGGAUCGCCACGCAACGCAUAUUUGGCCGACCGCAUCACAGUCGUCAGCUCAAAGAUCGAGGAGCCGCGGCUGCUCAAGGAAGUCCCCACAGUCGACGCCAUCAUCUCUGAGCCCAUCGGCGUCCUUCUGGUGCACGAGCGCAUGUUGGAGUCAUUUAUCUACGCUCGGGACAAGUUUCUGCGCCCAGGAGGCGCAAUGAUGCCGUCUGCGGGCACUAUUCACUUGGCGCCGCUGUCUGAUGCCGCACUGUGGAACGAGACAAUAACAAAGGCGCGGUUCUGGCAGCAGAACGACUUUUACAGCGUCGAUCUCAACCCGUACUUUGCGCCGGCCUUUGAGGAGUACUUUUCGUCGCCCGUUGUCGGCUGCUUCAGCCCGACCACGCUCAUCGGCGACUCGGUUGUGCACGAGGUUGAUUUCCACACAGUGACAAUGGCCGAGCUCAAGGAGUUCACCAUCCCCAUCGAGUGGGAGAUCAAGUACACCGGGCUUAUGCAUGGCGUCGCCGGCUGGUUCGAUCUUGCUUUUGUGCCACCUGUAUCAUCCCUGCACCCGGGCACGCAGCCGAGCGCCACAUACAUGUCGACGUCGCCGCAGUCUACGGCGACGCAUUGGCAGCAGGUGCGCAUGCUGCUUAAACAGCCGCUGGCAGUCAAUGCGGGUCAGAUAAUCCGCGGCUCGAUCUUCAUGAAGGUCAAUGACCAGCGCAGCUACGAUAUCAGCGCCAAGCUCAUUGCUCUAGAUGCCGAAGAGUCGGCCCUGGUUUCCAACGAGACGCUUGCCACGAUGCUGGACACGCAAAAGUCCCGUGUGCGCACUGCGCUGUGGUACUUGCACGAGCAGAUCUACAACUAUGCGUACGUCGGGGAGCCCUCCGAUAUGGCCAGGCCGGAGGCCGCCAACCUUUAUCUCCCUGUGGACAGCUUGCUCGCCGAGUCAGCGCUUCCGGCUGGCCCGCAGGGCUAUGCGCGGACGCAGACUAUCUCCUCAGUUGAGGCUGUUGGCGGCAGCUUGACUGACUUUGUCGUCAAUGCAGCAAGAAACACUGUGGAAAGCAGCAACUCGCCCAUGGAGCAUUAAGAUAUUGGGAAUUUGUUGAUUUUUCUUGAUUGAUUAAUUUGGCAAGGGCUUUUUUUUCUGUAAUUUUUUUUUUGCGAAAUACCAGGCUGCCGUUUGCCUUGGCAAUUAUUUCUCUCUCUCGGUCGCUUGAGAAACAGUCCAAGAUACUCUCUGUUUGAUGUAUUUUUUGUUUCUAUUUCUGUGCUGCUGUUGACUCUCUUUU